CGAAUUAAUUAUAAUUUAUUAUAUAGAGAAAACUUGCCUUAUAUUACUUGAGUUAAACUGAUUGAAUGUUUAGCUGAGUGGUACAGAUCACCACGCCAAACCCACUACGCGAUACGUGUCAGAGAUUCGAUCCUAGCCUAGACAAACAAUUUUUGACAUACAUGCUUGUCUUAAAUUAGGGUGUAUUUGUGCAUGUGACCAGAAUUAUUGUAAACCUUCGCAAGACAAAGAUUAUAAAGUCUUUAUAAAAUAACCUAUACAUACAUUGGUACCUUCCUUACACAGACCUAUACUAAAAAAUCCUGAUUUGUUCACAGACCACGGGUAUGACGCCGCUGAUGUACGCGGUGAAGGACAACAGGACAUCUUUCGUUGAGCGGCUCAUCGAACUCGGCUCUGAUGUUGGCGCCAGAAAUAAUGAUAACUACAAUGUGCUCCACAUAUCAGCAAUGUACUCGAGGGAGGACAUCGUCAAGCUUCUGCUGUCCAAGAGAGGGGUCGACCCAUUCGCCACCGGGGGGAGUCGGCAACAAACAGCUGUACACUUGGUGGCGAGCAGACAGACAGGAACGGCGACCAGUAUACUUAGAGCCCUGCUCACUGCUGCAGGGAAGGAUAUCAGACUUCGCGUUGAUGGGGUAAGCAGUAACAGCAGGUUUAAGGAGGUUUUACCCAAAACUUUGGGGGUAUAGAAAUGAAUGGGAGUCAGUACUUUCUAUAAACUCCUUGCGCAGGUCGCGAACAAGUGAAUAACAAUGAGACAUAGUUUUUUUUAUAAAAAGUUGACUUGAAAAGGUACAUUUGCAAGUUAAACAGUUCAUUCAAAAGUUUGUUCAUCUCACUUGCACCGAGGUCGUUUACUGUCUGCUGCUAGUACGACGACCGAUGCCUACCUCUAUCUAUACAUUUGCCUAGAAUACAUAAAUGUAUGCAAAUUUGAAAUAGUAAAACUAAACGACCGAUGCGAAUUGUUUACAAUAAAUCUUAAGCUUUAUGGCGCAGUCAUUAGAGUUAUGAUUUGUAAAUACAAGUGUAGUGAACGGGCGUGGAUGCAGCGUCGUCGCAGCCAUCGCGUGCAGCCGCGACGCCUGGUACCGCCAUCCGCCCGAUUCAGGAACUACCCCCAAAAACACCCUAAAACACAACCUGUAAACAAAACUACGCUAACACUGUAAGCUGAAUCAACCCUAUGCCUGCCAACUAAUAAAACUUUCAAACAAAUCGUACCAUCAUUUGACGCAACCCGCAUUAUCUGACAAAAAUAAUCUGACAAUUACUAAUUAUGACUAUAUUCCACCGAAACGCAAGCGUCGUGCGGCGCGGCGUCACCCCAAGGCUGACGUUUUAAGGACAUUCCGCCAGCAGGAACGUGCCACCCUGUACGAAUAGAAACUAGCUAAUUAUCCGUCGAGCUUUAGCCGCCGAGUAAACGUCACAACGCGAAUUUACAAUGCAAAUCACUCGCUGAAUAUUAGUUACAACGUCACCGCUGAAAUUCAAAAUUACUAAUUUUAAUACAAUACGUCUCAGUCAGUCCUUCGUCACGACUCGAGGAAGGCAG